AUGACGACCACCAGCAGCAUCCUGUCACUGCCCUUUCGACGAUCCACGCAGUUGUCUCUAGCGUCCACUAUCAAGCAAUACAUCAACAGCAAGUAUGAUCAGCAUCCGGACAUGUUCAAGCAAGACCUCGAGGUCAUCGACUGCCUGCGACAAGAUGCCAUCAAUGUUCGCGAGCCGCACCCUAGCGGUGUAAAGAAACUCCAGGCCUAUGCAGGGCAGUUGGCUUGGAUAGGAGGCAAAUUUCCAAUUGAUAUUGGUGCCGAGUUUACGUGGUAUCCUGCCCUGGGCUACAACUCCGAACGACCCAUGGUGCGAAAUAACAUGAAAUACGAGCUCCUCAACGUGCUUUACAAUCUGGCAGCUUUGUACUCGCAGUUGGCUGUCCACACCUCUCGGGGAACGGCCGAAGGCAUCAAAACAAGUGCCAAUUACUUCUCACUCGCGGCCGGUGUGCUAUCGCACAUGCAGAAAGAGGUCGUGCCCGAGCUUCGGAUGUCCGAUCCGCCUGAAGACAUGGAUGAACAUACUUUGGAAUCCUUGAUGCAGUUAUUGCUUGCCCAAAGCCAAGAGUGCUUCUGGCAAAAAGCUGUCAUGGACGGCUAUAAAGACGCAUCUAUAGCCAAAUUGGCUGCCAGAGUGUCAGAUUUGUACAAUUUGGCUGGAGAAGCUGCUAUGAAGAGCGAAGCCAUCAGCAGCGCUUGGAUUCAUCAUAUGACCGCGAAGCAUCACCAUUUUGCCGCUGCUGCACAGUACCGAGCUGCGUGCGAUUGCCUGGAGAAGAGAAAAUAUGGCGAAGAGGUGGCUAGAUUAAUAGAUGCCGUUGCCUGUGUCACAGAAGGUAUCAAGGAAACCAAGGGAGGGUAUCUCAACAAGACCGUGGUGGACGACUUAAACGGCCUCAAAAGAAAAGUUGAAGAGGACCUUAAGAGGGCCGAGAAAGACAACGACAUGAUAUUCCUGAACCCUGUUCCGCCAAAAACAGAGCUAAAGAUUCUUGAGAGGGCCAACAUGGCUGUAGCGCGGGUCCCCCCUCAGGUUGCGAACCCGUUCGAUUUCCUUGGAGAUCGAGCAGAGUUCGGGCCUGCCCUGUUUUCAAGGCUGGUGCCAUUUUCGGUCCACGUCGCCGUUUCCAUAUACGAAGAACGCCGCGAUCGUAUGGUCAACCAAAACAUCAUUCAAGAAUUGGAAGCCCUCAAUGACAAAAUUCAUUCCCUGUUCAGCUCUAUUGGUCUGCCCGGAUCAUUACAAGCGUUGGAGAAGCCACUUGGGCUGCCCCCGAGCUUGGUCCAACAUGCCGAGGAACUGAGACAAGCCGAUGCCAUCGGGAGGCUUCGAAAAAGCUUUGCAGACAUUGAUAAGUUACGUGCUGCAGAUAUUGCGACAUUUGAAGAUGGGACAUCAGCGCUCGCGGCUGAGAAUGAAGAGGACCAGAAGGCGAGGAGGAAGUACGGCACUGAGAGAUGGUCACGACCCGAAAGCCAGAGUGACGUGCAGGGUGGAAAGCUUUGGGGACAUGCUGGUGAGAUCGAGGGAUAUUUUGCGAGCAGUGCUAGCAGUGACGGUGUGGUACGAGAAAAGUUCGCUGCCAACGAGGAUCUUCUGCAUAUAUUAUGCGGAUCGGACAGGGGCUUGCUAGAUUUUGUGCCGUCAAGCUCUCAGAGGGACACCAACCCCGAACUUAAAGCUUCUGUAGGCAAACUGCGAAGCGCAUACAAUGACAUCCUCAGGCUAGAGAGUAGAAGAAGGAAGAGGGUCGAGACUCUACGCGAAAAUGCGCGCAAAGACGACAUUAAGCCUGACAUCUUGAAGGAAGCUGCAAGACUGGAGAGAUCCUACCCGUCAACAGCCAUUGUUCCCGCACACUUUGAAGACUUUUUCGAAAAACGCCUCGACAAGCUCUAUGAGCCAGAGUUGGAUGCCCUGGACAAAGAAUCACAGGAACAGGAGCGGCUGUUGAAAGAAGUAGAGCGCGCAAACUCAGAAUUCGAGUCUCAGAAACGAAGGUGCGGUGAUCGAGGAUCCCGAGAGCGUGAACAAGCAUUGCAGAAGCUGGAUAGCGCAUAUUUCAAGUACAAGGAAAUAAUCAACAACCUCGAAGUUGGCAGAAAGUUCUAUAAUGAUCUGAACAAGAUCGUUGGACAGGGUUUCCGCGAUGUCGCGAAGGGAUGGGUGGCACAACGGCGGAUGGAGGCCAGAGCAUUGGAAGAGGAACUUAGUAUGCCGCCUCUUUCAACCCUCAACUUGUCGCACAACCACGGUCCCUUACAAAGUCCUCCCGCAGCACAAUUUCAGCCAUCACAAGCAUCGUACUUUUCCCGCGAGCCAGCUACGCAACAACACCCUUCUUCUCCCCAGAGGCAUCCAGUUCACGUUCCUAGGCAACCAAUCUCCAAUCCCGUCGAAGCUUCUAUACAGUCUUGGGCAGGGGAAAGGGUCCAGCAACCGCAGCCGAUGGCGCCACAGGCAAACCCCAUGACUACAAUGUGGAAUCCCGCUAUGGGGAUCAAGUUUGGCGGGAGUGGCCCACCAGUUCCGGGGAACGAUGAUCGUACACAACAGGGAGAGAGGGGAUCGGGUACCUGGAAUCCUAAUUCGGGCAUCAAAUUUGGCUGA